AUGUCUGGACGCGGUAAGGGCGGAAAGGGACUAGGAAAGGGAGGUGCCAAGCGCCAUCGCAAGAUUCUUCGUGACAAUAUUCAGGGUAUCACCAAACCAGCCAUUCGCCGUCUCGCACGUCGUGGUGGUGUCAAACGUAUUUCUGGUCUCAUCUACGAAGAGACUCGUUCCGUCCUCAAGGUGUUCCUCGAAAAUGUGAUUCGUGAUGCCGUUACCUACACCGAACACGCGAAGCGUAAGACCGUCACAUCUCUAGACGUUGUCUAUGCUUUGAAACGCCAGGGUCGCACCCUCUACGGUUUCGGUGGAUAA